GAAGAGGCAGAGUUCAGUCAGGUAAAAAAGGAACUUCAGCCAUUUUGACCGUACACUCUUCUGCUUAUUUCUCAGCAAUAGAACAAGAAAGUUGAAAAUCAGCUGACAACUCUUCGAGGAAAGCUGUGGAAGAAACAGUGCGAUGGUGACGCUGAACCAUCUGAGUGUAGAAGAUCCAGAUGAUGGUGCUCCGCUGCUGCCUGUGGCUGCAGAGACAACAACACCAACAGCUGUGUGUCACAAACAACAAGACAUAUUAAAAACGGAGUCCAGGGAAUUUUUCCUAAGCAGGAAGGAGAAUCUUGCCACUAGUCUGAUCUUGCUGGUUGGAUGCUACUUGGCGAUUCUGAUUCCUGCAUAUUUCCCUUUAAAUAAUGUGUCAUCAGACAGCGAUGACUACCAGUAUCCCAAAGAUUUGGCCUUACUAAAUCGGUCAGCCCUCCUGCUUUUACGACCCUGCCAGCCUCACUGGGGUCUGGACCACCUCAAGUCGCUUUCCUGUUCUAACGGCCUUCUGGACAUCCCAGUGUUUGUUCAACAGGACAAACCCAAGGCAUGGAAUCUGACUCCUCCUCUGGGGCUCCAAGGGAGUGAAGAGCAUUUGGCCCUGGCCCUUGCCGCCAUGCCUCAGCCUGGUCUGCCUCCAUCUUUGAGUACAGAAGACAGGUGCAGGCGAUGUGUGGUGGUGGGAAAUGGAGGCAUUCUUCACGGGAGCCAUCUUGGAUCUCACAUAGAUCAGUAUGAUGUCAUUAUCAGGAUGAAUAACGCUCCCGUCCCUGGAUUUGAGAGAGACGCUGGGUCACGCACGACCAUCCGCUUGAUGUACCCAGAGGCAGCACCUCACUCGGCCGAUGAAUACAGAAAGACCGCCAUGGUCGCUCUGGUGGCUUUUAAAAGCCUGGACUUGGACUGGCUGACUUCUGUAAUAACCAAGCAGCCUCUGAGCUUCUGGUCCAAAAUGUGGUUCUGGAGGGAGGUAGUAGAAGAUAUUCCACUGAAGCCAGAGAGCUUCAAGAUUCUCCAUCCAGAGAUUAUUCACAAGACAGGGCAAGUCAUUCAGAGAUAUGCCCAGAAACAAGGAAAUAUGGUGCCAACAUUAGGUGCCAGUGCCGUGGUGAUGGCUCUGCAGAUGUGUGACCACGUGAGCCUCGCAGGGUUUGGUUACGACAUGCAACACCCAGAGGCCAGGCUCCACUACUAUGAGGCAAUACGCAUGGGUGCCAUGAAAGCUCAAGUGGUGCACGACGUUAGCGCUGAAAAACUCUUCCUGAGGGACCUGGUGGCUUCAGGAGCCGUGACUGACCUCACAGGAGCUCUUUGAGUUUCGCUCAAGUCUGUAUGCACGCCCCCUUCUGGCUGGGAGUUUGUUUCCUUUAUUGUAAGCUGUGCACAACGCACUCCACACUGCAAAAUGACCUUUAAAAUGCUCCUAGUCUUUAAUGUCCCAGUAAAAUGCUCCCAGUCUCUGAACAACUAAUUUAACAUUGCUAUGUCAAAGGACUGAUUUGUAGCAGUUAAUUUAAGAACAGUAUUAAUUAUACCGAUGAUAUUUAGAAAAAGACUAUAUUGUGUGAUAUCCUGAGGGUUUUAUUUAUGUUCUGUUUUAUGUUUGAAUUUUUUUUUGCUAAAGACUCAAUAAAAUAGAGAAUACAACUAUGCUGCUAUUCUUCUCUACAGGAGAAAGAAAAUCCCUCUAAACUGCUUCUUGUGCACUUUGUGUAAGAUUCAGGAAGAAUCCCUAAACAAUGCCAAUCAACGCCAGUUACUA